UUCUCUUACUCCACUCUUGUUGCUGUGUCUUGUAGGAAAGAUGAGCACAACGGCUGCUGCCAACGAGACCUCUCCAACUGCCAGGGUACUUGCAUUUCUCAAUGCCACCACUGAGCUGGUCCCUCUAAGCCCUGAGCCAACUGGGGAGAAGCCUGACUCCUUGCCUAUCAUCAUUGGUCUCAUCUGCAUCUUUCUCCUCCUGGCUACCUGCCUGGUCUUUAUCACUCUGUGCAAGCCAGCAGCUCUAGAUCAAUCUUUCUAUGGGGCACAUGAAUGUAUGCCGUACCACCCCGAGAAUGCCAGUGAGCCGCAGCUCAGGCUAUGGAAACGUCUGGGCUCACUAAGGCAUUCCAUACGCAGCGUCAAGCGCAGCCGGCCCAUUUCCCAAGUCCACGAAACUUGUUCGAUAAAAGCACCUGUAAUCCAGGACUGGAACAUCAUGGAGUCAACUGAAUUGUGACUCAUCCAUUACCUUCCGUGAUUCAGCUGCAUCCCACACAUUGUUAACUGACUUCAGAUAGUCUAAGCUCUUUCGAAGAAUCAUGGAGCAACAAGGAUGGGAGGAUUGGAGAAGCACGGUGAUCAUUACAUACCUAACUAUGGAAAAGGGAUAGAAGCAGACACUUGCAGUGCCUGCUCGAU